UCUCAUUCUCCUUGGCUUUGAACUCUAGAAAUUAACACAAAACUUUGGAGAGAGAGAGACCGCACAGGCCAAGGAAGCAGUACUGUACUCAGACGUCUAACGCCUAUAAGUUCUUAUACUCCAUAUUCAAAUGGGUAGCCUCGGCGACUUUCAGUUUCCCCUAAGCAACGGUCUUUCCAACAUGGCAGAUGGGGCAAGCACAAGCCCUUUGGACCCUGAGGAGUUCCGGCGCCAAGGGCACAUGGUAAUUGAUUUCAUCGCCGAUUACUAUAAAAACAUUGAGAAGUACCCAGUUCUCAGCCAAGUCGAACCCGGUUACCUCAAAAAACGGCUCCCAACAUCGGCGCCGUUCUAUCCGGAAUCCAUUGAGACGAUUCUUGGUGACGUCCAGGAACACAUUGUUCCGGGCAUAACUCACUGGCAGAGCCCCAACUACUUCGCAUACUUCCCUUCCAGCGGCAGCAUUGCGGGUUUCCUAGGGGAAAUGCUCGCCACCGGCUUCAAUGUCGUUGGAUUCAAUUGGAUGUCGUCUCCCGCUGCCACCGAGCUGGAGAGCAUAGUCAUGGACUGGCUGGGCCAAAUGCUCAGGCUCCCUAAGUCCUUUCUCUUUUCUGGAAACGGAGGCGGUGUCCUACAAGGAACCACCUGCGAGGCCAUCUUGUGUACACUCGUCGCUGCCCGUGACCGAACCCUCAAAAUCAUUGGAAACGAUAAUAUCGGAAAGCUAGUCGUUUAUUGCUCCGACCAAACGCAUUGCGCGUUCAAGAAAGCCGCCCAGAUAGCCGGGAUCCACCCCAACAAUUUUCGAGUCAUCCCCACAACUCUUUCAUCCUCGUUUGCCAUGUCGCCUAAGGCUUUACGAAACACAAUAAUUGCCGAUGUUGAGGCUGGACUUGUUCCUACGUUUCUGCUUGCCACCGUAGGGACAACGUCCACCACAGCUGUUGAUCCUCUCGGACCGCUAUGUGACGUGGCAAAGGAAUACGGAAUGUGGGUCCACGUCGACGCGGCCUACGCUGGGAGCAUAUGUAUUUGCCCGGAGUUCCGUCAUUUCAUCGACGGGGUCGAAGGAGCCAACUCCUUCAGCUUCAACGCCCAUAAAUGGUUCUUCACCACCUUGGACUGCUGCUGCCUUUGGGUUAAAGACCCCGCAGCGUUGACGCAAUCACUGUCGACGGACCCAGAGUAUCUCAAGAACAAGGCCACCGAAUCGAAGCAAGUCGUUGACUAUAAGGAUUGGCAGCUUGCUCUCAGCAGACGAUUCCGUUCUCUGAAACUAUGGCUUGUUCUCCGAAGCUACGGAGUUGAGAAAUUACGUGGCUUUCUUCGUAGCCAUGUCAAGAUGGCCAAACUAUUUCAGGGGUUUGUACAAGCUGACGACAGAUUUGAAGUCGUUGUUCCGAGAAAUUUUGCCACUUUGUGUUUCAGAAUAUCGCCAUCAGCAAUAAAUAAUGGUACCGAAGCUCAUGUACUGUCCGAGAUUAAUGGUCUCAGAAGGACUGGUGCUGCUACUACUAAAAAAAUGCUAUCCGAGAAUGAGAUCAACAGUAAGCUCAUGGACUCCAUUAACCGUUCAGGUCGAAUCUAUAUGACCCAUUCGGUUGUUGGUGGAAUUUUUUUGCUGCGUUUUGCGGUUGGUGCGAGUCUGACAGAGGAAUCCCAUGUCAUUGAAGCUUGGAACGUGGUCAAACAACAUGCAGAUAUUAUCCUAAAUACACACUACUCCGACUUUUGUCCCAGUCAAUAAUGAUUUCUUACACGUAUAUGUUCUUACAUUCUUUUAUAUAAGAAGUACGUAUUUUUUAUGUACACACUUUUUAUUCAAACAUAUUUCAUUUGUUGCCCAUUAUUUUUGCAAAAUAUCUUGUGUACCCACUAUUUCCAAUCAUUUUCAUAUAAUACCAUAUAUUUUGCAAACAUAAAUAUUUAGUAUCCUAAUUGAUAAAA